ACAUUUCCACGAAACUUUUGAGUAGUAUUUAGUUGUGGCAUGUUUCCUUAGUUUUUGAUGUCAAACGAAGUAGUGCCAGUGUGUCGACACAAGACUUGAUUUAGAUAGAACGACGCGGGAUUAUCGCGUAUGCAUUCCUGGGAUGGCUCCUGGAAUGACCUGGCUAAUAGCAUGGCCUCCAAGAUCUUACACCGGAUCCGGCGUACAAUUGUGAAAGAGGGAAAUGAAGAAGGGACGCAGCAGGAAAAGACUGAAGAAUUUCCUGAAAUCUCAGAAUUGGUUGAUGACAUGGAAGGCCUGUCUACUCACUUGAGUGGAAAAUUGAGUUUUGGGAGUGAUCCACUUUAUUCAAAUAUUGAAGAAAUGUGUCCUGAAGAGGAAGACAUGGUAUUCGUUGAACAUGAAGAUGAUUAUGAUGACGAAAGUCUGAAUGAGCCCCGUAAUGAAGGUAAUUCAGGAUGA